UCAUCUGUUUUGCUGUCAAAAUUGUGUUUAAUUUUCUGCUUUGAUCGAAAUUAUUUCCCUUUUUAAUCCCAAUUUAAUCCCUUCAUGAUGCUUUCUGUGAAGCAAAACAUCAUCCUUGGAAGUAUCCUGGUAGUUUUUCUUGCUGCGACAUUCAGUACGGCUAUUCGGUGCUAUCAGUGUUCCUCACAGACGGAUAAGAAGGGUGUGGACAGCUGUGGAGCUUAUGCUUGGUUCAACAAAACCCAGCACAUUGCCAUUGAGUGCAACAGCGAUGAGUCACACAUGCCUGGUUCCUUCUGCAUGAAGAUCGUUCAGCAGGGUCCACGUGGGUUUAUCUGGGAUGGAAGGUGGCGUCAGGUAAUCCGAAGAUGUGCCUCUGUUGCUGACACCGGCGUUACGGGGGUGUGCAACUGGGGUGUCUAUGAGAAUGGGGUCUACUGGGAGGAGUGCUACUGCUCUGAGGAUGCGUGCAACACCUCCCCAAGCAUCAGCCUCUCAAAAAGUCUCAUUCCCGCCUUCCUGGGCAUUCUUUCCUACAGAAUCUUCCUCUAAAUAUCAAAGUCUAACAGAGACAACUUACUGGAGGAGUCUCUCCAGGCUCCUCCUGUUAGUCUCGCAUCACAAAAGUAUUGAAUCUCUCAAUAAUUGAAGAUCAUUCCGUCCAGGUAAACGAAAAAGAACAUUCCGUCCGCAAAAAUGUUCAAGUUCAAGUAGAUUUAGGAAUAUUUUUUUAAUUUUACGUAAAUAAACUUUGUAAAAUGUGAAAAA